UCUCAGGAAACGUGCACUUCCGCUUUCUAUUAUCUCAAGCAAAACGGUUUGUGUUCAGCCAUGUCCAUGUGUGAGUGAAGUUUAAGCGCCACUGGGGUCUGGCUAUGAUCUGAAGAAAAAAAAUGAAUCUAUUUAUAAGAACUUCAUCGUUAAACAAACAGAGCGCAAGUGCGCUGCUACCCAACUGAGAUAACAGGGGACGGAGUCUGCUUUUCUUAACGAGAGGCGAGGAAGACAUUUGAAGUUGCGUUUUCACGUCCCAAGUGCAGGGUCACGUCUAUUGAAGAGGAACUUGGUUCGUGACGAGGAGCUGAUGGAGUUUUCUGAACACAUCAAGACAGCCAAUGUGGAGGAUGUUGUCCUCCGACAGCCGCUACACCCUCCGAGCAGAGGCACCUUGUGCAUCACAGGCCACCACCUGCUCUUCUCGGACAGGGAGGAGACGGGCACCCGGCAGUUUCUGCUGCUCCUCAAGAACAUCGACGCUAUUGAGAAAAGCGUGGAAAACCUUUCGGCCUAUUCCGGCCUCUUCUCUAAUGCAGGCCACAGUGAAAGGAUGUCUGGAUCUUCAGGGACAAUAACCAUCAAGUGUAAAGAUCUGCGUGUGCUCCAGCUUGACAUCCCAGGCAUGGAGCAGUGUCUCAAUAUUGCACACUCUAUUGAGACCCUGUCCUGUCUGGACUGUGCCUCGGAGAUGUAUCCUUUCUUUCACAGACCCUCUGAUCUCAGCCUGCAGGACCAGUGGGGUCUCUCAUCCACUGAAAAGCUCUACAGUCAAAUGAAGGAGCUCCAUGAUCGAUGGCGAGUGAGCACUGUGAACAGAGACUACUCAGUGUGUCCCUCUUACCCUCCAGCUGUCAUCGUCCCAAAGAACAUAGACGAUAGCAUGCUUAAAAAGGUUGCCAAGUUCAGACAGGGGGGACGCUUCCCUGUCCUCUGCUACUAUCACAGGAAGAAUGGCAUGGUAAUCAUGCGCAGCAGUCAGCCGCUGCCAGGAGCCAAUAGGAAGCGCUGCAAAGAAGACGAGGACCUCCUCCAGGCUGUGCUUGAUGGCUCAGACAAAGGUUAUAUUAUUGACACACGCUCCAGUCAGCAGGCGACGCAGGCACGGAUGACAGGUGGAGGGUUUGAGUCCAAAUCCUCUUACAGCUGCUGGAAGAGACUGCACAGACAAAUGGAAAAGUGUGUAGGUAAAGCGCUGCAAGAGAGUCUGAUUAAGCUGGUGGAGGCCUGUGGUGACGAGUCCAAUAAUAUGGAUCGUUGGCUUAGUAAGCUUGAGAAUUCAAAGUGGCUGUUUUACGUCCAAACCGCCCUUUCAACUGCUGGCCUGCUGGCAGAGUGUGUGGAGAGGGACGGACACUCAGUUCUAGUACAUGGCUCUGAAGGGAAGGACUCCACUCUGCUCAUCAGCACUCUGGCUCAGCUUAUCAUGGAUCCACACUGCCGCUCCCUGGAGGGCUUUCUGGCUCUGCUAGAGAGGGAGUGGGUACAGGCAGGACACCCAUUCAUGCAGCGAUGUGCCCACUCAGCCUUUUCACACGCCCGUCUCCAGCAGGAGUCCCCCGUCUUCCUGCUGCUGCUGGACUGUGUGUGGCAACUCUGGCGUCAGUUUCCCUUGGCACUGGGUUUCUCUGAGGCACUGCUUCUAAGGCUGGCGACUGAGGCCUACGCUUCCGACUUUGGCACCUUCCUGUGCAACAGCCAUCAGGAGAGGUGGGCUCUAGGAGUGAUGGAAAGGACUCACUGUUUGUUCAAAGCUCUGUUGAGGCCCAGGGAGAGAGACUACUACUCUAACCCGCUCUAUGAACCCACUGAGCUAGCAAUCUGGCCCUCAGUUCACCCUCAGUCCCUGCAGCUUUGGAGAGGUUUUUUCCUGAGGUGGACCCAGCAGAGUCGUCACCUUGAAGAGGCUCAGGAGGAAAUACGAAACAUGGUCAUUGAGUGGGGAAAGCUGGCACUUAGCUGAUGAACAUUCAGACAAUUCUGAACAAUUGAAGAGUCUCAGCCUGAACAUGUGGAGCAUGUUUUAAAGAGAAAAGUAACCAAUAUGCAAUGCCUUUUACUGUGGCUUUUUUUUCCUUUUACAACCAAUCACAUUUAAAUAUUUAUUAUGGUUUUUUUUACUCUUUCAAAAUGUCUUUUGAGGCCGCAUUUUCAAACCAUAUUUGGGUGCUUUAAAAAUGCUGAAAAGGUUCUCAAAAUGUUGCAUCAUCCUCUUUGGGUUAUUUAUUCUGUCAUAUAUUCACUCAUAAAUAUCAAAAGAGGAAAGCUGUAUAUGUGACACACCUCCCAGUCCUGUUAAGCUCAGCUAAACACUCUUCACAAUACAAAUCCCUGUGCACAGCAAGUCAGCAUGUUUGCACACAUGGAGCUUUGCAAGCUGGAGACUGUAGUCUGUUUUAGUCAAGAGCCACAAGCUGGUGAUUAUACAAAGUGGACAAGGACCACACAACCCAGCAUGACUUUCUUCACCUGCUUAUUUAACCAGUAGUUAAUGUGUUUACUAAACUGACCUCAUAGUCAGAGUUGGUCAUUUUGUUUAGAGCAAUAGUUCGGGAUUUACUAAGUUGCACGGCUGGUUUUGGACCGAGACUCAUCUGUUGGUAUUUUGGAUUUUCACACAGGUAAAAAAUAUUGUCUGUAUCCUCCUGUAAUUUAAUUUAAAUAAAUGUAUUCUUUGAACAAAA